CAAAUCUUGAAAAUGACGAAAGCAGCCUCAUCGGAUGUCCCUGGGUUUACCGGAUAAAAAACACUACACUGGCCCAUCGAUUCAAAUUUGCACGCAAUUUCAUAAACAAAAAUUCAAAUUUUUCCGAUAGAUCUUCUUCUUCUUCCUUCAAUUCUUCAUCUUCUUCUUCGCGUUCUUCGUUCAGCUCACCAAACUCAAAUCCUCUUCUUUCUUUCACCUUUUCUUUUUCAUAAAUUUACCAAAAAGCCCUCAUCUUGUCGAACAAUGCCAAAUCCUCAUCCAUCUACAUAGCCGCCACCAACCAAUACCAACCGAUCUCCGAUCCCGGAAUCCACCAUGAUUGUUCGCACAUACGGUCGCCGCAACCGAUCAAUUUCCGAAACGUGCUCUGGCUCUUCUCUAAACGACGACGUAUCAGAGCCCUUUUCAACGGACGCUCUUACCCAAGAACAAGACACUCACUUCGGCGGCUUCGCUUUUUCCUCCCAAGAUUCUUCCUCUAAGUGGUCUUUAUUCGAUUCCGAUCCCAAUUCCAUCGACGAUUUGUACGGAGCAGAUCGCCGGGAGUCUAAGAGAGCAAAGGGUGCAGCCGGAAAGGACGGAUUCUCUUUUCCGGCGACAUCAACGCUGAUGGAGGCGCAGGAGUUUGGGGAGAUGAUGGAGCAUGCGGAUGAGGUUAAUUUCGCUCUCGAUGGACUCCGUAAAGGUCAACCUGUACGGAUCAGAAGAUCUAGUUUGGUUUCUCUUUUGUCAAUUUGUGCCACCACGCAGCAGCGAAGGCUUCUUCGCUCUCAGGGGAUGGCAAAGACAAUAGUUGAUGCUCUUUUGGGCCUCAGUCUUGAUGAUUCUCCCAGCAAUCUUGCAGCUGCAACCCUUUUCUACAUUUUGACUUGUGAUGGUCAAGAUGAUCAUCUCCUUGAAUCACCGUGUUGUGUUCAAUUUCUAAUCAAGUUGUUAAGACCAGUUGUAUCUACAGCUAUUAAAGACAAAGCACCAAACAUUGGCUAUAAACUUCUAUCAUUGCGUCAGAACAAUGACAUGCUAAAAAAUACGACGACAAGAUUUGACUCCAGUUCUGUUGCAGUUUUUUCUAGAGUCCAAGAAGUUCUAGUUAAUUGCAAAGAGCUAAAAGCAACGAGUCAAAAUAACAAUGCGACUGAAAGGCCAGAGUUAUGCCCAAAAUGGUUAACAUUGCUGACUAUGGAGAAGGCUUGUUUAUCUGCCAUUUCUCUUGAUGAAACCUCUGGUGCUGUACGGAAGACUGGUGGAAAUUUUAAGGAAAAACUAAGGGAGCACGGAGGACUUGAUGCAGUUUUUGAAGUCACUAUGAGUUGUCAUUCCGAUUUGGAGAAUUGGAAGAAUAAUAGUUCUCGGUCUGCCAAAGAUUUGAGAAAUGAUCAACGCCUAAAGUGUCUCACCUUGCUUCUUAAGUGCCUGAAGAUAAUGGAAAAUGCUACUUUUCUAAGCAAAGACAAUCAGACUCAUUUGCUUGGAUUGAAAAGAAAAUUGAGUCCCAAGGCUACCCCAUUGUCUUUUACGGAGCUGAUUAUAAUUGUCAUAAAGAUGCUCUCAGAUCUAUGUUUGCGUCAGACUGCCUCUGAUGUGUCCACUGUUGCCAAGCUUAAUGACCCUUUCUCUAUGCUCAGUGAUGAUUCUGAGUUGGAUCAACUCAGAGACUAUAAAGAGAAUAGACCUAUAUCCAUCAGUUCCGAUAGUAGUUACUUUGGCGUGGAGAGUAGGAAUAGCUAUGAUGUGGAGAGGGCCUCUUCUAUUAAGAAUUCUAACGUUUCUCAUGACACCCAACUGUUGACAUGUGCUCGGUUGGAAAGAUCGCUGUCUGUUUCUGAAACUCCUAGCACAUCAACAACUGAUACAGACUCACUAAAGAUGAGGAUCAAUUCGUGCACAUCUGGGUCUUCCAGUGGUUUAUCAAAGAGUUCGCACAAUAAAAAAUCCACGACCCACAAUAGUUUAAGGAAGAGUGUUCACUUUACUGAAGGGCCCCCAGUUGUAGUCUUGGAAGAUAACCAAGAUCCAUUUGCAUUUGAUGAGGAUGACAGUGGCUUAUCAAAGAGUUCAUAUUGUCAAAAAUCCAUGACCCUAAAUAGUUCCAGGAAGAAUGUUCAGUUUACGGAAGGUACCCCGGUUGUAAUCUUGGAAGAUAGCGAAGAUCCAUUUGCAUUUGAUCAGGAUGACAGUGGCUUAUCAAAGAGUUCAGACUGUCAUAAAUCCCUAAAUAGUUCUAGGAAGAAUGUUCACUUUACGGAACGUACUCCGGCUGUAAUUUUGGAAGAUAACCAUGAUCCCUUUGCAUUUGAUGAGGAUGACAUUGUGCCCUCUCAGUGGGACCUACUAUCGGGGAAACACAAACCAUCUCAUUCUAAAAAACAUAAGGUAGCAAAUAGAAAAUUUGAAAAUGAGCGUCAAUCACAAACCAAAAUGAGUCAAGAAAAUGAGCAUGAAUCACAAACCAAAUUGAGUCAGGAAAAUGAACUAUCGCAAACCAAAUUGAGUCAGGAAAAUGAACGUCAAUUGCAAACCAAAAUGAGUCAACAAGAAUCAAGUGAUGGGAACGUCAAUUGUUCCAAUUCUGACAUCAGUUAUGAAGAAGAUUCUAGUCUUCUAAGUGAUUGCCUCCUUACGGCUGUUAAGGUGCUGAUGAAUUUGACUAACGACAACCCUAUUGGCUGUCAAUUAAUUGCUGCCAAUGGAGGACUAGAGGCUAUGUCUAUGUUAAUUGCUGGCCAUUUCCCUUCUUUUAGCUCAUCGCCAUCCUUUGCUCAAUUAAAAGACACCUCUUUGAGAACUGAAGAGGACCAUCUGUGUGAUAGGCUUCUAAAUGAUCACGAAUUGGAUUUUCUUGUUGCUAUUCUGGGUUUGCUAGUAAAUCUGGUUGAGAAGGACAGUCAAAACAGAUCACGGCUUGCAGCAGCCAGUGUUCUACUACCUUCUUCAAAAGACUUGGACCAGGAGGUUCGGCGGGAUGUUAUUCAAUUAUUAUGUUCUAUUUUCUUGGCUAACCAGGGUGAAAGUGAGGUGGCAGCUGGGGAAGAUAAAAAAUUUGAACUGAAUGAUGAGGCUGCUGUUCUACAAGGUGAAAAAGAAGCUGAGAAAAUGAUUGUCGAAGCUUACUCCGCGUUGCUUCUAGCAUUUCUUUCCACCGAAAGCAAGAGCAUCCGCGAAUCAAUUGCUGACAAUCUUCCAGAUCACAACUUGGCCAGUCUUGUACCUGUGUUGGACAGAUUUGUGGAAUUUCAUCUGUCUUUGGACAUGAUUUCACCAGAGACUCAUAAAACUGUUAGCGAGGUCAUCGAAUCAUGUAGAAUUCGGUGAAAGAUCAAAUGAAAAAAUCUGUACAGACACAUCUUGCUUUAGGAUUUGUUGCUUCUCCGACGGAAAAGGAAUUACUGCAGCUCACAUCAUUAGAAUUCGACCAACUUUUAUGUGCCGCUCUCAAUGCUCAUACACUUAUUUUAUAUCACCGUGCUGGUGAUACGGAAAUGCUUGAAUACAAAAAUUAAAAGGCGGUUGCGCUCCUAGCAUAGCCUGUGUGUAAUCAAUAGUUGUAAUUUUUUCUUUGAUAUUUUUGUUUAUUCAUCCAUUUUCAUGUAUUAGAAGCUCAUAUAGUCCAUUUCAAUUUCUCAUGUCCUUUAUUUUUCAGCAACUUGAUACCUAAUCAACGUAGUAGCAGAGAAAUGUGUAUUAACCUUAACUCUUUUAGAUAAAGUUAUGCAAUACAUAAGCUGUAACUGUGUUCCCGUAGUGGAAAUUCAAGUAAAAUAUUAUAAUGUA